AUGUCGACGCCGUCGACGCCCGGGAGGUCCCCGCUCAGCGCCGAGGGCUUGGAGCCGCACUACCUGGACUCGCUCGCGAACGUGGAGUCGUUCGCGGUGUCCACCGUGCCGCUCGUCCCGACGAGCCGCGCGCGGAGGGGCGACGCCGCGAGCGGCGAGAAGCCCGACGCGAGCGGCGACGGCGACGACGGCGACGGCGAGGCGAGGCACUUCGCGCUGAGAGAUCUGUGGGAGAGCUACGACGAGUGGAGCGCGUACGGCGCGGAGGUGCCGCUGACGCUGGACGACGAGGAGGACGAGGUGUCGCAGUACUACGUCCCGUUCCUGUCCGGGCUGCAGAUCUUCCGCGCGACGGGCGAGGACGACGAGGGGACGAGCGGCGAGGAGGGAAGGAAAGAGAAGUCGGAGAGAGGAAAAACGAAAGACGCCGCCGACGACGACGGCGACGGCGACCCCCCGCGGUCGUCGAUGUCCAAGACCGGCGACGUCGUCCCCGGCCGCGAGCUCGUCUUCUCGUUCUUCGAGCGCGACUCGCCGUACAGCCGCGCGCCGCUGUCCGACGUCGUCGCUCGCCUCGCGCGGGACGCGCCGGAGCUGUGGACGACGCGCAGCGAGGAGACGCACCCGGCGAGCUGGAUGUCCAUCGCGUGGUAUCCCAUCUAUCGCAUCCCGGUCGGACGGUCCCUGCGCGACUUGUCCGCGUGUUUCCUGACGUAUCACGCGCUGUCGACCGCGGAGGGUGGAGGGGGGGGUAGAGAGGGUGGUGGGGGAGGAGGGGGAGACGGCGGCGACGGCGGCGGAGGAGGGAGGAGCGAGGCGUGGACGCGCGCGGGGGGGUGCCCGGCGCCGCCGCCGACGUCGACGCUCGGCGAAGCCGCGGUGGCGUCGCGUCUGCAGAAGCUCGCCGCCGCGGACCCGAUCGCUCGCGACCGGACGCGGCUGCGCGCGUUCGGGAUGAGUCAUUAUAAGCUGCGGGGGGAGCAGUGGCACGCGGCAGAGGUUGCGGAUUGGUUGACGCUCAUGAACGACGGCGCGCGCGGGUGGCUGCGAAAGUUGAACGUGAUUCAUCCGGACUUUGAGUUUUUUUCGCACCACGGGUGA